GCAGAAUCCUAAUAUUGAGUAAUUAGAAUAUUGUUAAUAAAGAGCCUUGCCUUGAGAGAGGUGUCCUAUUAGUAUUAGAAUUAGAAUUUGGGUUGGGAGUAGGACUCUCUCCCCCUCCGUCUCACGAGACACAUUGAAGAAGAGAGAGAGAGAGAGAGAGAGAAUGGCCAAUGAGGAGCAUUGUUGGGAAUGGGCUCGAAAGUAUUUGGAGUACAAUCUGUGCUCUACCAAAGAGGGCGUUUCGUUGGUGUUGGGUGUGGUCAGUGUUGCCAGUUGGGGUGUUGCCGAGGUCCCUCAAAUCAUCACAAACUUUAAGCAUAAAUCCACGGACGGCCUCUCUCUCGCUUUCUUGAUCACUUGGAUUGUUGGAGACCUUUUUAACCUUUUCGGCUGCAUGUUGGAACCAGCUACGCUUCCAACCCAAUACUAUACGGCAAUGUUGUAUACAGUUACCACCAUAACUCUUUCUGUCCAGACCAUAUACUAUGGUUACAUACAUCCUCGACUAAAAUACAAUUCGAGACACAAAAUGGAUUCCAAAUCUGAUCUGACUGAGGUUCCAGGAAAAUCGAGAGGAAGCAAUAGUGAUUUCUUUGGGAAUCAGGUUGACAUUGUUGGCCAGAGUAAUGGGUCUGACACCUCCAGUAGAGGAAAUGUUUUGAGUUCACCUAUUUCUCUUCCUCCAAGUAAAUCUCCCAGAAGAGAAUCAUAUUACAUAUCAGCAAGAUCUCUGUCAAGGAGUCAUACUCCUACAGAAGGAUCUCAUUUAGCACAAAAAAUGACUGGUACAUCUAAUCGUAUUCGCAACUCCAAUGAAGUGCCCUUGCUUGGUUCACUUGCAUCUAGACAAUCUGCACCAAAAAAUGUCAAGACCGUGCUCUGUGUGGUCUCUCUGAUGACUCUCUUUGGCACUUUUAAUUAUCGAUCAGCAGACAAUAAAGGACAUUUGAUUGUUGAUUCAAAUCCAGGAGUAGUGAUGCUAGUAGGAAGAAAGCUUUUGCAGGUACAUAGUGGGCUGUUGCAAGAAAAGGAUGUUAAAGAUAGCAGUGUGAUUGGACAUGUCCUUGGUUGGGGAAUGGCAGCUAUUUACAUUGGUGGAAGGUUUCCUCAGAUUUUCCUAAACUUCAAAAGAAGCAAUGUUGAGGGCCUUAAUCCUUUAAUGUUCAUCUUUGCUAUUGUUGGAAAUGCCACUUAUGUAGCAAGCAUUGUUGUGAACAGCUUAGAAUGGUCGAAAAUCAGACCAAAUCUAGCGUGGCUAGUGGACGCUGGAGGGUGUAUGUUUCUUGAUAUUUUAAUACUUAUACAAUUUAUCUACUUUCGGUAUUGGAGACAACAAGAGCUAGAGAGUAAGGGUGGGGACUCCAGCGCAGCCUAGUUAAUGGAGUGACAAGAACUUUUCAAGACAAAGGAAAUUUUCUAAAAGUCCACUACAAGAUGGAUGGUGUCAACAUAAUGCAAAUUCUGUGGGUUUAUCUUCAGAAAGCUGCACCAGAAGAACAUCUAUUAUUUGCGGCAAUUAUGUAACUGCUUUUUAUGGUUGCUGCAGUUUUCACUUUUGGUUUGAUGCGUUUUACUGCUUGUAUAAGGGUUUCUGAGUAGACGUUUAGUGUUG